CGCUGCCGCUGCCUCUGUGGGCGGAGCAUAACGGGAAAGGGCCGGCUCAGUGGGGACGACUUGGGACUGUGGCGGCGACACCGCCGAGACCGGGGCGAGGCCUGCCGGGAGGCGGGCCUGCCGGGAAGGGGCGGAGCGAGUGGGACCGGGAGGGCGGCGGACAGACGACCUGACGGGUGGACGGCGGCAAGUGGACGGGCCGGGCCCGGCCGGGCGCGCGCCGUGCGUCGCCAUGACAGAGCAGACCUACUGUGACCGCCUGGUCCAGGACACGCCUUUCCUGAUGGGCCACGGACGCCUCAGUGAGCAGCAGGUGGACAGGAUCAUCCUCCAGCUGAACCGCUACUACCCCCAGAUCCUCAGCAACAAUGAUGCAGAGAAGUUCCGGAAUCCCAAGGCGUCCCUGCGAGUGCGGCUCUGUGACCUGCUGGGCCACCUGCAGCGGAGCGGUGAGCGGGACUGCCAGGAGUUCUACCGGGCCCUGUACAUCCACGCGCAGCCCCUGCACAGCCGCCUGCCCAGCCGGCUGGCCCUGCGUAAGUGUGCCCCCCGCGCCCCCAGACAGGAGCAAGCGGUCGGAUGCGGACACUGCCGCAUCUCGCGUGCCUGCUGUUACACAGGAGGAGGCGUCUGGCGGGUGUGGCUCCGCCCUCCCUCCAGCCUGGUGCCCUGGGGCCCGUCACCUGCGGGCUGGGGGCCCGCUCACGGCUGUGCCGGCCUUGAGUAUCUGCGCCCCCCGUGGCGGAAACUGUGGUCGUGCCCACGACUGAGGGUGCCCUGGCCAGGGGCGGGGGGAUCCCCGUAAUGUGGGCGUUUCUGUAGAACAAUGUCAGGCACGGUGGCUGGUCUGAGGCAUGCGCGCUUUGGUUUCAAGGGUUUUGCCCGAGAGCUCAAGAGGCACGUGAGUCCCAAGGGACCCUCUGAGCUGCACGUGGGGAUGGAGGAGACACAGGCGGGGAUGGCAGUCCAGGCCUGAGACCUCUGUGCCCUGGUCCCCUGGAGGAGGGGCCUGUGUCCCUCGAUCUUCUGAUGGGAAGCCGGAGGCCUGAGCAGGGUGGCUCACCCUGACUGCUCAGCUGGGACCCCGGGGCAGGUGUCCCUCACCUGAGGAUGAGCUCUGGUCCAGGACCCGUGUGUCACACCAGCCACUGGGGGGCCCCACAGUCUGGCUGUGCAUCAAGCACCUUCCAGGCUCCUGGGCCACCAGCAGGUGGCCAGUUGGGGAGGUCUGGGAGAAAGUGUGCCCUGCCCUCGUAUGUAUGGACAGCACCAGACUUGGGAUGCUACGCUCAGUGCCUGCCUCCGCACGGAGCGAUGCCCCCUACCCAUGGCCCUCGGGGUCUCAGGAUGUGGACAGAAGGAGAUCCAAAACUCAGGGUUCUGUGACGCUGAUCCCACGGUUCCCUCCCUGGUGCUCAUUCUGCCACGCCUGGCCCAGAAGGCUGGGUGGGUGUGUGUACAGCCUGGUCCGGCCCAGCCUAGGGGUUCCGGGGGUGGAGGGAAGGAGCCUGAGCAGCCCCUUGGUUUCCUGCAGGCGGGGCGACCACCCUCCUCUGGCCGGCCCACAACUAACCGAGCCCUGUGAUUUUGUUUCCAGAGAACUCAGAUUGCACAGAGCUAGACUCCGGCACCGUGGGCCGCGAGCUCAGUGACAGGGGUAACGGCCUCCCACGUCCCCCACCCUGUCCCCCACCCAGGGCUCCGUCUCUGCCUCAGGGUCUUCUCCUUUCCGAGUCAGGC